UGAAAGAUAAAAAUGAUUCUACAUAGGCAUUUUGUCCUACUAUUUAUCAUUUUCAUGUAUAAUUUCCUCUCAUGUUUUGGUAGUUACCAAGACUACCCAUUUCUUCAUAAUCUUGAUCAAUCUCAUAGUUAUAAUCCUAGAGCCUACUCUCCAUCUUUUGGCGCAAUUGGCGACGGUAACGAUAACGAAAACCACAAGUUCAAGUCCAAUUUUGAGGGGAACGUGAUCAAAUAUGACACUGAUGAAAAUUUUACAAGGCUUGCUCAAGUGGGAGGCCCUUCGAGUGCACCAAAAUUGGUGAAUGUAGAUGAUUUUGGAGCUAAAGGUGAUGGAACAGAUGAUUCUCAGGCAUUUAAGAAAGCUUGGAAGGUGGCUUGUUCAUCAAAGGGAGGUGUUCUUGUGGUUCCUCAGAAGAGGAUUUAUCUUCUUAAGCCAAUCACUUUCUCAGGUCCUUGCAAAUCUCUUCUUACUAUGAAGAUUUAUGGAACAAUGAAAGCUUCCAACAAUGUAUCAGACUACGAAAAAGAUCGAAGAUAUUGGCUUAUGUUCGAUAAUAUUAAGAACUUUGUAGUUGAAGGUGGUGGAACCAUCGAUGGCAAUGGGAAGAUAUGGUGGGAAAAUUCUUGCAAAAUCAACAAAUCCCGUCCUUGCCAGCAAGCACCAACAGCUGUGACCUUCUAUCAAUGCCAAAAUUUGAGAGUGGCUAACCUAAGGAUUAAAAAUUCACAGCAAAUUCAACUUUCUUUUCAGAAAUGUGUUAAUGUUAAAGCUUUGAAUCUCAAAGUAAUUGCACCGGAGAAGAGCCCCAACACUGAUGGAAUUCAUGUCACUGCAACUCAAAACAUUCAAAUCAGGAGCUCUGUCAUCAGAACAGGUGAUGAUUGUAUUUCAAUAGUUAGUGGAUCUAAAAAUGUUCAAGUCAUGGAUAUAGCCUGUGGACCAGGUCAUGGAAUCAGCAUUGGAAGUUUAGGAGCAGGAAAUUCAGAGGCCUUAGUAUCAAAUGUGGUGGUCAACAGAGCUAAACUUUCAAAUACCACUAAUGGAGUGAGGAUAAAGACUUGGCAGGGAGGAUCUGGAUAUGCAAAGAACAUCAAAUUCCAAAACAUUGCUAUGCACAAUGUGAGCAACCCUAUAAUCAUAGACCAAAACUACUGUGACAGAAGCAAACCAUGCCCUGAGCAGGACUCAGCUGUGCAAGUUAGCAAUGUGGUGUACAAGAACAUCAAAGGGACCAGUGCUUCAGAUGUGGCCAUAAAGUUUGAGUGCAGUAAGAGCUUCCCAUGUGAUGGGAUCUUGUUGCAAGAUAUAAAGCUAGUCCGCGAAGAAGGUGGAGGAAAUGCCAAAGCUUCAUGUCAGAAUGUGAAAUUGACAAGUGUAGGGAGGGUUUUACCAAAUUGCCCUUCUGAAGAAUUGGACUUGUAGGUUUGUUAUUGAUUGCUUGGAUUGUGUAAAUAUCGAUCAUUUAUAGAGUACUUGUUUAGUGGUAUUUGUAUAAAAUUUGUUGUUGUUUAGUGAAAUAAAAGUGAA